AUGGAAAAAAUUGAAACACAACAAAGUGAAGAUGGUAGCAGUUUUGUUAAUCAUUUGCAGCUGUUAUGGGAGCUGAACAUCCGGGACGUCUUAGAUUGUAUGGACGAGGGGUUACAAGAACUUCUUUGAAAGGAAAAAUGGGAUAUUUUGAAUCCUCUUCAAAUGCUACAAAUGAUCUGGUGCAACAAAUGGAAGAAAGGAUGACAAGAAUGUUCGAGGAACAGAAGGAACAAUUUGAGAAACAGAAGGAACAAAAGAGAAUGAUGCGACAAGAAAUUUUAGGAGAUAUCUUUGUACAGCUUCAGCGUUCAGGAUUGCAAAUUGAUCCUAAUAUUUUAGCAAACUUGUGUGCUCGUUCAUCAGGAGAAGCUUCGUCCGCACAACAAGUAGCUAUUCAACCAAUCAACAGGUCAUCUUUUGGCAGCAACAAUCAAGGUGAACCAAAUGAUCAAGGUGGAGAUGAAAGCAGUGAAGACCUUACCUAAAAGUAUUGAUUGAAGAAUCUUCAGACAAUCUAGGAAUGCUUUUAUUUUUGAACUAUUUUGCAAACUUAUGUAUUCCAAGGGUUAUUAAACACUUUUAUCGUAUAUUUUAC